AAGGGUAUUGGAGGUAACUCAAUUCAUAUGCAGAACGAGCAUGAGUGCAACUCACUUCAUUCUCAUCUGCUCUCUUCCUUCAAAUUCACCUUGAUUUUUCAUCACUCUCAACUCAACAACCCAUGAGCUUCAUCCUGGUUUACUUCCUUUCUCCCAAUGGUUCCCAACUUAGACUUGAUCCUGGUAGCAUUUCUCUAUGGCUCCUUCAUUGCCUGCGUUCUUCUUGUGGUCGCCUUUGUCAUCUUGAUCACCCUCUUGCUCGCUUUCUCUUUCUCAACCUUCUCCAUUGUUUUCCUCGAUUUGUACAGCGUCUUCUCUUUGCUUUCUCGGUAUGUUGGAUCAAUACAGGCUAAUCUCGAACUGGGUUUCCUUCUACUUCUCUGCAGCCUCAUGCGGUAUGCGAUCUCUGCUGCUUUGGCUUCAAAGCCGUCGGUCGAUCGCCUGGUUUCUCAACUCCGAGUCAAGGCCCAACAUGCCAUGAAUCGCGUCAACGCUUCGCUGCUAGUCCACACUAGAAGAUUGCAGUACCAGUAAAUUUAAAAGAAGAAUAAUCUAAAGAUUUGCCGGCAAAUUGUAAGAAGUAAUUCAAUGUUAUUCAUGUGAUUUUACUGUUAAAUCCCCCUGUUUUAAUAUAUAGUAUAUGUUGUAUUAAAUGCUUUGCGUGUGACGACGAUCACCACAUGAAAGAUACGACAAAAAUAGCAAAAAAGUAAUAAAAUUUAUGAAAAAAUAAAAAAAAAUCCCAAUGUAUUGUCAACGUAAAAUAAUUGAUUGAAGUUAUUCAAGAUUAAUUAACGGAUAAGCAUGAGACAGAAGUUGGCAGUUGCCACUUCAUCUUUAGCGCCACAUCCCACUCACCUCUGUUAAUAUUUUUUAAAGGCAGAUAUAUACUGAACCUCCAGACCUUUUCUUUUCAAAGAUUUCAGUUUUCUUACGAUUUGUUUUCCAUGGGGCCAAACAUUUACUCGGUCAACGAGCUUCACCAUUUCUCUUCCUCUUGUAUUGGAUUUCGCCCUCUGAACUCUAAAGCCACCGUUAAAUUUUCUCAAUCUUCAACCUUCAAUGGAUUCUCUCCUCUACGCAUCCGCCCUCUGAGUGUGGGGUUUCGGUCGAACUCGCUGAUUAUCGCCUGCAGCUCUGUCGCCGAAACUGAAACGGGAACUUCUUCCCCGGCAGCUCAGAGCAGCGCCGUCUCCGUCAAUCCGGUUUAUGUCCCCACGCCGGCUAAGCGAGACACUCGUACUCCUCACAGCGGGUACCAUUUUGAUGGAACUACUCGACAAUUUUUCGAGGGUUGGUACUUCAAGGUAUCAAUCCCAGAACGAAGACAGAGCUUUUGCUUCAUGUACUCGGUGGAGAAUCCUGCAUUUAGGAGGAAAUUGACGCCAUUGGAAAUGCUGCAGCAUGGACCUAGAUUUACAGGAGUUGGGGCUCAAAUUCUUGGUGCUUAUGACAAGUAUAUAUGUCAAUACACUGAGGAAUCUCAAAACUUUUGGGGCAGUAGGCAUGAGUUAACAUUGGGGAAUACAUUUUUAGCCAACAAAGACUCACGACCUCCAACUAAGGAGGUUCCUCCACAGGAAUUCAAUAAAAAAGUUUUGGAAGGCUUCCAAGUUAGCCCACGUUGGCAUCAAGGCUUUAUUCGUGAUGAUGGCAGGACAACUUAUGCUAAUAUUGUUAAAACUGCACGUUGGGAGUACAGUACUCGCCCCAUCUAUGGAUGGGGUAAUGUUGGGUCCAAGCAGAAGCCAACAGCUGGCUGGCUUGCAGCUCUUCCCAUAUUUGAACCCCAUUGGCAAGUUUGCAUGGCUGGUGGACUUUCAACAGGCUGGAUAGAGUGGGAUGGUGAAAGGUUUGAGUUUCAAAAUGCCCCUUCAUAUUCAGAAAAGAAUUGGGGUGGAAGCUUCCCUAGAAAAUGGUUCUGGGCUCAAUGUAAUGUCUUUGAAGGUGCAAGUGGAGAAGUUGCUCUGACUGCUGCUGGUGGGUUAAGGCAACUGCCUGGUCUGACUGAGACCUUUGAAAAGGCUGCAUUGAUUGGAGUGCACUAUAAUGGAGUUUUCUAUGAAUUUGUGCCAUGGAAUGGUGUUGUAUCUUGGGAAGUUGCUCAAUGGGGUUACUGGCACAUGGAGGCGGAGAACGAGACACAUAUGGCUGAGUUAGAAGCUACAACAAAUGAUCCGGGUACAACAUUGCGUGCCCCAACGACAGUGGCUGGCCUUGCUCCAGCUUGUAAGGACACUUGUUUUGGUGAUCUAAGAUUGAAGAUCUGGGAAAAAAAAUCUGGCAGCACUAAGGGGAAGCUAAUCUUGGAUGUUAAAAGUGACAUGGCAGCACUAGAAGUAGGAGGAGGGCCGUGGUUCAACACUUGGAAGGGCGAGACUACAACACCAGAGGUCGUUAAAAAUGCUCUACAAGUUGAUAUUGAUGUGGAAGGGAUUUUUGGUUUGGCUCCGUUUUUCAAACCCCCCGGGCUAUAAGAGAUCAUUGCAUUUGUUCACAGAGAGGAGUACACUCUUCAAUCUUCAUAGUUCCAUUUGAAAGUGUUGUAGCCUGAUGAUCAAUGCUAGUCUGUUGGUUUUCAGCAACUGGCAAAACACCAUGACAAGUAUAAAUCAUAUAGUAACAAUUUGUAUAAGACAGGUUGUACUUGAAUAGUUAGGUUGGCUAAAUUUUUAGUAUGGUGCGCCCUAUCACCUAAUUCUCUGGCCUAAUUAAUGGCAAGUUGAACUUGUAGUUAGGCAAGAUAUUUGGCAAAUCGCUGAAAUGGUUAAGAAAUUGUUUAUUCA